GCAUGACCCCUAGAUACGGGCGGCGCGGCCCCCGAUGGCCAUUAUGGAGAUCGACCGCUCCGGGGGCGGCGCGCUGCAGAAGUGGCGGGGGGCGGCUAGAGUUUGGAUCGGUUAGGUUGAUACCAUGUUAAAAGGGAAUAGAGAAGGACCGGUGGAAUUGUUGAUGUAUUGCUUGAGUCUCGUGGGCGUAUAUAUAGGAGUACAUGACCAUCUUGGAGUACAAGACAAGCUAGAAUAAUUCCUAGUCUAUCCUUUGUUUCCUAAUAAUCAUAAUACUCAACAGGCUCGAGCAGAGCUUUUCUCCGCCUGCAGCCAUCCAUUGUAUAUUGCUACAGGGACGGUACCCUAGCACUGACCGCACUGUACGAGGAAAGAAGCAGGAGAAUAUCUGCGGUGCAAUGCGAUGCUCCGGGAACCAUCAUCACAAGCAUGUGCGCGCGUGGCGCAGACGACCAUACUCCGCGGAUACAAGCUAGAGCCAGCCUACUCAGUCAAAUAUUUAGCCAAUGAGAGCCUCCGCGAGGGGCCCCGUGAGGCACUAUAAAUAGGGGAAGGCUGCGGCCUCAACAGGGGUGACUGAUUCAUGGAGAACACAAGUCACACAUUGUAGCCAGUCACCAUAUGAAAUAAAGGGCAAAUGCAGGAGUAGGGUAUUACACCAACACGGUGGCCUGAACCUGGGUAUUUCUUGCGUGUUCUUCCUCCCGUUCUUUCUCCUUCGAUCGAUCAUGACCUAGGAAGCUAGACGUGUUCAGUCCCUGGCUGAAUUCUCAAAAGUAUUGUAGCUAACAGCACAAUGUCCGAUUCUUAGACACCGACAGUGCGUGUCAUGAGGUGCUCUCCUGGAUCUGAUCUACGGACCCCCCCCCCUCUGCUGAGGGGGAUGCCUUCGUGGACUAGUGGCAACAAAAUUGCCGAUUCGUCCCCACCUUGGCCUGGAAAGGCCUUCAAUGGUUUUAAUGCUGAUGGCCUGGUACAUUUGUAAGCACUGCAGUGCGAUCAUCUUUGACAACGCUCUGGUCAGCUUAGCUCGUCUCCUUGACACGGUAAAGGCGGAGGCGGGGCAAUGGGUGAUGGCAAGAGUGCAUGAUCUACCGGCUUUGCUUCCGGUGGUGGCAGCACCUAGCGGCUAGGGGUGUGGCGUUGUAUACAUCGGGUGUUGCCCUUCCGAGGGCUUGUGCAAACUCCUCUCUAUCAAUGCAUCUAAACGCGAGGCUUUUGUGUUUUCUCGAAAAAGUUCUGCUCCCCCCAUUUUUUUCCUAAGGCAUAUUCUGGUCAUGCGCUGGGAUUAAGGAUCCGUUAAGGAAAAUGACCAUGGUAGCGAUCAUGUAGGAGAUAAUAGUUAGUACACUCUAUUUCAAAAUGAUAGGUGUAUUUUGACUAUUCAAAUUUGAAUUUUGACCUUAAAUUUCGUAUACAAUUUUCCUUAAUACAAAUCAUAAUCUCAAGAAAGUGCAUUUGAAUAUCCAUUGGUAUCAAUUUAUGCCUUAUUAAUUCAUUCCUGAACUCAGCUCAUCUACUCUCGGUGAAUAGUAAAAUAAAACAAUACUAGAAAAAUAAAAAAAAUCUGAUUUUUUUUGUCAACCAAGACACUCGAAUGCGUGUUGUUCGGGAAAAAAAUUCAUCGUGUUCGGACAUUUGAGGAGCUCGUGGCAAAAAAGACAAUCGGUCCGAACAGUGAGUGAACAGUAAACUUUCUCACAGACCCCAAUUUUUUUUUCUGGGAGUUACUCAGAUGUCCAAACACCACCAAAUUUGGCAUGGACAUCACGCAGUCGAACAUCUUCCAUGCAAAAAAAAUCAGAUUUUUUUUUGAAUUUUUCUAGUAUUCUUUUACUGUUCACGCAAGGGAGCAGAUGAGCUCGGAAGCCGAAUUGCUGCGUCCACUGUUCACCCCUUUCUUUAAAAAUGUAUGUCGGAAAUUCAACAUCUAUGACAGAUAUAAGUACUCGAGUGUUCCUUCAGAUACCACAUGACAUGGACUCAGAUUUAUAUCUCUUCUUUGACGUUUUGAUGUCUGUUGGAUAUUAUCUUUUAACAGUCUACCUUAUAGUCACCAUCAAAUUGAAGAGCCAUUCUACUUGUUGUACUAAGGCUUCUCUCCUAUUAAAAGAUUUGCUAAAAGUAAAAAACAGUACAUCGAAGCACAAAUGGAACAUGCUAAUGAGGAGGCUACACUUUCGAAGCUGAGAGCUCAGUUGGCAUCCCAACACUCAUAUAUUCAUGAAGACAUCCAUUCUCUAAGGAGGAGAAAUUCUGAACUUACAGAAGAGCUGAAGGAUCUCUUGGAAUGCCUAUCCGAGACUGUCGCGAGCUUGUGUUCUGACCUGGCUCGACUUGAGGGUGCAAAUAUUCUGCAAGGGGAUCAUAACUUGAUUGUUCAUCGCCAGGAAUGCUACAUAAGCCAGCAAAAAAGGUUCAUCAAUCAUUUGGUGAAUCAGCUUGCUGCUCAUCGGUUUCUGGCGAUAGCCUGCCAGCUUGAAAGACGGACAAAAAUUUCGAGUGCCUAUUCAUUGUUGAAAGCUACAGAAAUGGAGCUGCAGAGCUACGUAUUAGCUGUCAAUAGUCGCCUGGACCAAUAUCAUCUAAUUGGCGAAGCCGCGUCUAGCAUGAUCGAAGAAGGGUCUAUUGAUGACCGGGAUACUUUUCUCCAUGCUGUGAGGGAUAUUCUUAGCAGUUACUCAGUUUUUGUAGGUUCUCAAACAAUGACACCAACAUAUGUUUCAGCAUGUGCUUUGGUUGAGCAGAUAUCUGAGUUGGAGGAUGAGCUCCACUGUUAUCAGCAUGAGCUUGAAAAUGUUCUUCCACGUGAACGGGGAAGAUUUAUCGAUGAACAAUGCAGGAUGGUCCAAAUACUCGAGCAGAUUUUAUCUGUACCCGUUACACAUAUGCUACCAAAAUUUACACCAUGGCCACUGGCGCAAGCACUUGAAGAAUUGGAAAUGAUCAGCUAUGAAGUCUCUGCUUCUGUUAAUGAAGUAAUGAUGGCUCGAGAGGAAAAGACCAAGAUGUUACAGCAGCCUUCACGCAAUGCACAGCAGGAGAGACGCGUAUUCGCCGAUUUCUUCUGCCAUCCAGGACGGCUUGAGAAUCAAGUCAGAGAGCUGACUUCUCGUGUUAGAGGAAUCCCGGAGUAAUGUUGGGUAGGGUGGUCAAUAAGGCAAGUGCAGAGUCUUGUUUGCAUUCUUGUCUUGCUCAGCUCGAAGUCUUUCCUCCGGAGUUUUUUUUUUUUUUUUUGAAAACACAAGACUUAUUCAUUCAAAAUAACAAGUACAUCGUUUACGAGGAGGGUACAAUUUCA